CCCGUCUUCCCAGAUCUGACUUGGUAGCCAAGAAGCCUGUAUGACUGAAAAGAAAUGUCCUCGAGUCCAAGUCAUAGUGGAGAGUAGAACACGGUAGUAAGGGAGCAUUUUGCUUCCGCAAAACAACAAUAAAUCGACUUCACCCACAUCUUACCUACUUUACCACAAUACAUCAAUACAUCAGUCUCCACCUCCCACUAUGCCGUCAGCAAACCCCAUUCGAUUCGAUGGCCGAGUCGCAAUUGUGACCGGUUCUGGCUCUGGGCUCGGACGCGGAUAUGCCUUUCUCCUAGCUCGCCUCGGCGCCUCCGUCAUUGUCAACAGUCGCACGUCCGCCACAACGCAGGAAACAGUCAGUGACAUCAUCAACGCUGGCGGGAAGGCAGUACCCUUCGUCGGCAAUGUCACCAACCCAUCCGAUGCUCAAGGUAUCGUUGACGCAGCAAUCAAGACCUAUGGCCGAAUUGACAUCGUCAUCAACAACGCCGGUUGGAUGGAAUCCAAGCCCUUCGAAGCCAUCACCCACAAGGAGUUACUUGACAUGUUCGAUUCGCACGUCGGCGGGUCGUUCAAUGUUACCCAUGCAGCGUGGCCGCAUCUGAAGAAGCAAAAGUACGGACGCAUUGUCAUGAUUGUCUCACACACCAUGCUCGGCAUGCCGAAUACCACCGCUUAUGGUGGUGCUAAAAUGGGCGUUAUGGGCUUCGCUAAGUCCCUCUCAACAGAAGGAAAAGAGCACAACAUUCUGGUCAACUCAAUCGCCGUUUCAGGAUAUUCACCUGGGGUGCAAGCUGGCAUCAAGGACGAAGGCUUGUUGUCGCUCAUGAAAAAUGUUUUGCCAGCCGCAGAUGUUGCUCCUACUGUCCUUUGGUUGGCUCACGAAGACUUCAAGGCCAGCGGAGAAGUCUUUUCUGCAGCGGGCAAGAUUGUUUCGCGAAUCUACGUGGCGGAAACGCGCGGAUUUCAAGGUUCUGCUGGUGAAGAUUGGACGAUUGAGUUGAUAAGGGAUUCUUGGGAUCAGGUGAUUGAUGAGAAGGACUACACUGUGCGGACCACCGGAGAGCAGGCUGGACCGGAGCUGUUUGCGCGGUUGACGGCGGGUCAAAGUGAGGUGUCUGACGAUGCGGUUAGGAAGGCUAUGGGAGGAUGAAUAGAUGAAAACUAAGGCCUUUCUGCCCAGACAGGAUAUCCGGCUAUUCGAAGCAUAGUUACAUUUUCUUGACUAAAUAGACUCGUUGCGAUCAAUGUAUUGCCCU